AGUACGAAAAGAGGGAGGGAAGAGGCGCGGGGCGGUGACGUCAGGUGCUCGCGCCGGAAGUUCCUGGUGGGGGGGUUAGAGUAUUUGCUGGGACCCGGCGGCGACAGGAGAAAUGGCCGCAGAGAAGUCCCAACCCCUGUCGGGUUCCAAAGAGCAAGAAGAGGAUUGGCCACUACCUGCUGAGCAGCGUUCUAAUACAGACAACUAUUUAAGGUAAAUAUUUCCAUAACCUUAUGGAGAGAAAGGACUUUGAAGCAUGGCUUGAUAAUAUUUCUGUUACGUUUCUCUCUCUGACGGACUUGCAGAAAAAUGAGUCGCUGGAUCACCUGAUUGGCUUGAGCGGGGCUAUCCAGCUCAGGCACCUCUCCAAUAACCUAGAGACCCUCCUCAAACGGGACUUCCUCAGACUCCUCCCGCUGGAACUCAGUUUCUAUUUGUUAAAAUGGCUUGACCCCCAGACCUUACUCACGUGUUGCCUCGUCUCUAAGCAAUGGAACAAGGUCAUAAGUGCCUGCAUGGAGGUGUGGCAGACUGCCUGUCGGAACCUGGGCUGGCAGAUCGACGACUCUCUCCAAGAUGCUUUGCAUUGGAAGAAGGUGUAUCUGAAGGCCAUCUUAAGGAUGAAGCAACUGGAGGACCACGAAGCCUUUGAGACCUCCUCGCUGAUCGGACACAGUGCCCGGGUGUACGCACUUUACUAUAAAGAUGGACUUCUUUGUACAGGUUCGGACGACUUGUCUGCAAAGCUGUGGGACGUGAGCACAGGGCAGUGCAUCUACGGGAUCCAGACCCACACCUGUGCAGCAGUGAAGUUUGAUGAGCAAAAGCUGGUCACAGGCUCCUUUGACAACACGGUAGCCUGCUGGGAGUGGAGCUCGGGGGCUAAGACCCAGCACUUCAGAGGCCACACGGGGGCAGUUUUCAGUGUUGAUUACAACGAUGAGCUCGACAUCCUGGUCAGCGGCUCGGCGGAUUUCACUGUGAAGGUCUGGGCCUUGUCUACAGGAGUGUGUCUCAAUACGCUGACCGGGCACACGGAAUGGGUCACAAAGGUGGUCUUGCAGAAGUGCAGAGUCAAAUCCCUCAUGCACAGCCCUGGGGAUUACAUCCUUUUAAGUGCAGAUAAGUAUGAAAUCAAGAUCUGGCCGAUUGGAAGAGAAAUCAACUGCAAAUGCUUAAAAACCCUGACCGUCUCGGAAGACCGCAGCAUCUCCCUCCAGCCGCGGCUUCACUUUGACGGGAAAUACAUUGUGUGCAGUUCUGCCAUCGGGUUGUACCAGUGGGACUUCGCCAGCUAUGAUAUUCUCAGAGUUAUCAAACCUCCCGAGUUUGCAAACUUGUCCUUGCUUGGCUUUGGUGACAUAUUUGCCCUCCUGUUUGAUAACCACUACCUGUACAUAAUGGACUUGAGGACAGAGAAACUAAUCAGCCGCUGGCCGCUGCCGGAGUACAGGAAGUCAAAGAGGGGGUCCAGUUUCCUGGCGGGCGAAAUGGCUUGGCUCGACGGCUUAGAUGGCAGGAACGAUGUGGGUUUGGUCUUUGCCACCAGCAUGCCGGACCACAGUAUUCACCUGGUUUUGUGGAAGGAGCAUGGCUGAUGGGACAGAGCGACGUGGCUGUUUGUUUGUUUUUUAAAAAAACCAACACACACAAUUCAGACCGCCAGUAGUGAGCCAGCUGGGGAAGAGUUUGCAUGAACCAAAGCAGUACAUCUUGACGGAUAUCAUCAUGCAAUGCACAAUCAUUUUUUACCUUUCCAGGGGGGCGGGGUUGUUCCCCCCUAUGUCAUUUUUUGAGAAAAGAGAGGAAUAACAACUUGGAGACUUUUUUUUUUUCCCUUUUAAACAUGAUGCAUCACAGCAUGCUAACAACCUCGCAUCGCCGACUCAUGGAUUCUUGUGUUCAAAUAUACACACUUGAGAGCAUAUUUCUCAACUAUGAUUUUUGGGGGGGGAGAGUGGGGGAAGCCAUGGGAAAUCUACUCAAAGGAAAGGAUAUUAGAUCUCAGACGCCUCCUCUCCCCUCCUCACCCGUAAGAAAAGGAGGAAGUAGUUAAUCCGAUUGUAUUUUUAAAGCGUCUUAGUCACAGCCAGUGUGGAAGAUCUGCUAUGGAAAGGGGACCGUGUGGUUAAUUAAUUUUGUUAGGGCUGGUGUUACUUUUCUGUGCACCAUGCAUAAACGUGAUAACCGCUUGAGCCAGGAGAGGUUGCAGGUGUAUGAAUGUGGGUAUUGCACCUGUGUAUUGCUUACUGGCUUCCGUAGCCAGGGCUCAGCUGAGAGCAUGAGUCAAAUAAGUACAGGAUCCCACAAGUCAGGCAUUCACUUCUACUUGGGGGUGGAGUGGGGGGGGGGUCUGAAGGGAAGAAACACGCGUAUCUGAAGUCCACUCUUGAUUUCAUAGAAAUGAGUAGGGGAGAUAAAACACCCAAAUAGCUCCCUCAAGAGCGAUGCUGCUUCUCACAAGGCAAAUUCUGAGGUCAGGGACAGGAUGGUAGCCUUUAAAUUGAAUCAUUAAUUGAGUUCUGCAGGCUGACGGAGGCUUCCGUUCAAAAGGUGGCUCAAGUCAUCAAAAGUUGUACAGGCCCCUGCACCCAGAAUACCUCCUCCUAUCCCUCCUUACACAGAGAGCCAUCAUAGCUGCCACUUCUGAAGCUAGUGAGAAAAAGCAAGGAUGUUAAGGACAAUGAGCAGGUUGGAACAGCGGCCACCACCCUUCUCCCCUUGUGAAGAGCGUGCAGUGAUGAAGGCUUGGAAGGAAGCGUCCCCUUAGCAUGUACCUGUAGUGGUUGUCAGAGCCGUCUGCCCCUACAGGCACAAUAAGGCUUCCGUUUCCGUGAUGGCUCAUUUUAAAGGCCUUUUAAUACAUUUGGCAAUGUAUUUCCCACAUGCGACGGACAAAACUGUGUUUGUCCCAGACUCUGGCAAAUCCUGCCAUUUCAAAACCAGACUGAAGGAGUUUGAAAUGUAAAAAGUGGAGACAACAGAAGUGAAGCGUAUGGGGCUGGGCUGGGGUGGGCUGCUGGCCUUCCCGUCCCCCUGCUCUUCUCUGUGGGAAGCUGGAGCAGAGGUGGCCAGCCUUCUGGCACGUACUAUAAAAGUUUACACAACAAUAUUAAUAAAAACUCCGCCUGGUUGAA